AUGAAGCAUACAAAUGUAGCUCUCUACAUAGGACUGAGUCUGUCCUGUGUAAAAUGUACGUAUCUCAGCAACGUGGAUCUCUCUCAGAUCACUGAUGCUCCCACCUUGGCAGUGAUGGAUGGUGUCAUAUCGUCCUCGUACUCUGCUGCGUCGUGUAACACAGCCACCCUGGGAAGCAGCGCUACCCAGGUCUCGGACGCCACCUGCCAGGAGCCCUCGGACACCGUCCGUUCUGGUUGUUUGAAUAUAACCGGCUCUUUGAUAUUUACAGAGCUAGUUGGAUUACCAGGUGUCCAUGUAACAAGUGACGUGGUUCACAGAGAUUGUGCUAAUCAGACCGAUUGGGAAAGUGGGUGUCAUAUUGAAACAAAGAAAAAUAUGAUGAGCAUACCAUGGAAUUCAUCGUUUACUCUCCUGCACACAUUGGUAUCAGCUGGAGAAUUCACCGGUCAGGUCUGCAUAACCGAUAUCCAUAGAGGAGCGUCAAUCACAGAAACUCCGGAACCGCUCAUGCUCACAGCCGUCCUUGUUUUACACAUUUUAUCAUCUUGGAGACUCUUGUAGACAGCUGACUUUUUAGGAGAAGAAAAUUAGCAUGAAUAUAACGUAGAUUAUUGUUGUUUGCAUUAUUGGAAUUGUUUUCAUUACCAAAAUAGAAUACCAUUUGCCUUACUAUAACAGAUUGACAAGUAAAUCAUCAUUUUUACACCCUAUCUGUUGGAGCUAAUGAUACUUAUGAUAUAGUAAAAAAUGAAAGACAGAAAUUCGAAUUAAUGAAGUAGGAUAGUAAUUAAGCAGGCUUCAUGAUAAGAAAAUUACCUAUUAUAUUUAAAUUAAAAUUUCACAUAAGAUCAAGUAAGAAAAAAAAAUUUGGGGUUAAAAUUUAAAUAUGUUUGUUAAUCUUUAUACGGAACCUUUUUAUAGGAAGGAAACGAAUAUAAUCUAAAAUGUCUACGACUAGCUAAACAUUUGUUAAAAUUUUAUAGUCUCAAUACCUUAUUUGAAAUAUUAAAUCUUUAAUGCCUCCACCAAAAGGUGGUCUUUAGGGGGGAAAAAUUAGAACCUUUUACAAAAAUAAGAUUAUUUUUAAUUAAAAUGGAAAAUACGGGAACUUGCUUGCCUCUACAUACAUGUAAGUAUCUAUAAUGUUAACCACUUUCCCGUCCCCUUUGCCAAAUAUUUCACGUAAAAUUGUAGUGCUAUAAAGUCAUGAUUAUUUAUUCGCUAUUUCAUAGAUAUAUUAAACAGAAUGAAAAAGUAAUAUAUGUGUCUAUUUCCAUCCCUUUUCUGAUAUUGUUUUCGUCUGAAUAUACUUGCAGCCCAAAAUAAUGUACCCACAUGCAUGCAGUUGCA